AUGUCCACGAUCGCCUCGCCGCGCGAGCCGCCGCCGCUGCGGCGUAUCCCUUCGGCACAGACGCCGACGUCGUCGACGCGGCCGAGCAUCGAGAUCAGCCGGUCCGUCGCCGGUUCGCCCAACCCCAGCAUCACGGGCGCCUCGUCGGCCGCUUCGGCUGCUUCGACGACGGCGACACCGUCGGGACUGAUGUCGCCGGCCAGCGUCACCACCGCUGCCGUGCGCCGCAACCGCGCUGCUCUGCGCGAGUACUACAAUAUCCACAAGAACGGCACGGCCACGCCCGCCCUCGAGGUCACAGACGUCGACCUUGCACCACGACAACAACAACAGCAGCUCGGCGGUAGCCUCUCGGCAUCUUACUCCGAGGUCACACCGUCUGCCAUGGACCGCCCCGACUUUGACGCCGUCGCCUUUGUGCGCAACACCCUGCAGGCCGGCGGGCUCGAAGACCUGCUGCGCACUUACACCCGCGUGCUGAGCGAGAUGCGCGCCCUCGACGCCGAGAAGAAGAGCUUGGUCUACGACAACUACAGCCGCCUGAUUACGGCUACCGAGACUAUCCGAAAGAUGCGUGCCAAUAUGGACCCCCUCAAUCCCAUGGCCUCCACCCUCGAUCCGGCCAUUGCCCAUAUCUACAGCCAGGCAAAGGCCCUCUGCGACGCUAUGCGUCAGUCUGUGCCGGCCCCCGAUACCCCCGACGCCGCAGCCUUUGCCGCUCGCGCCCGCACUCGCCAGCUGGCUGCCGCCGUGCUAGAGACCCCCGACCGGCUGCGCCAGCUCAUGCGCGAGGGCCGUCCUGACGAGGCCAAGGCCGCUUGGGACCGGCCCCGCCGUUUGCUCGAGCUCUGGCGCGCCAAGGGCCUCGGCGGUGAUGAUGUGGCUGCCUGUCUCGCCGACGGUGACGCUGCCCUGCGUGGCGAGCAGGCGAGCCCGAAUGAACUAGUCACGUGA